UCAGGGGACUGCUGGAACCAAUCUGCUUCUGCACAGGGCUGCUAAUUAUUCAUGGGCUCCUGCCUCUAGCUCUUUCUUGUGCACAGCCCCUCUCUGCUGACUCAGUGCCUUAUUUAGUCUGCCUCUCCACAGCUCUAGCCGGACCCUUUGCAUUCACAGCCUCUCAGCCUCUGCAUCCAACACCCUCACCAUGGCUAAAACAGCAAUAGCCUACAAAGAGAAGAUGAAGGAGCUCUCUAUGUUGUCUCUUAUCUGCUCCUGUUUUUAUCCCGAGCCACGCAACAUUAGUACAUACACAUAUGAUGAUAUGGAAGUGAAACAGAUUAACAAGCGAGCAUCUGGACAGGCAUUUGAGCUGAUUCUGAAGCCGCCCUCUCCAGUGUCAGAAGCCCCACGGACCUUGGCCUCUCCAAAGAAGAAGGAUGUUUCCUUAGAAGACAUCCAAGCAAAAUUGGAAGCUGCAGAGGAGAGACGAAAGCUUCAGGAAGCACAAAUCCUGAAGCAACUGGCAGAAAAGAGAGAACACGAGAGGGAGGUUCUCCAAAAGGCACUGGAAGAAAAUAACAACUUUAGCAAAAUGGCAGAGGAAAAACUGACCUUCAAAAUGGAACAGAUCAAAGAAAACCGUGAAGCCUACUUAGCUUCUGUUCUGGAACGUCUUCAAGAGAAGGAAAGACAUGCCGCUGAAGUGCGCAGGAACAAGGAACUCCAUGAAGAACUUUUUGGCUGAAAAAAUAUCCCAUUAGUAAUUCCUUUGCCUAUAUAAUUAUGGAUCAUGUGAUAUCAGUAUGGAAAAUGUAUGACAUCUAAAAAAAAAAAAUCAAGAAAAAAAACACAAGACAAGAACUCAUUAAGAAAAUAAAUUGCAGUCUCUUUGCAGAAUGAUUUGCUUGAUGUUUAAAAAAAAUGAAAAUGUGGGUCUUAUUUUGUAAAUAUUUACAUUUUUGUUAAAAAAUACAAGUAUUGCAUUAUGCAAGUUAUUUCAUAAUCUUACAUGUCCUGUAACAGGCUUUUGGUGUUGUCUAUUUCCUCUAAAUUGAAUUUGCUGUUUUUUCCAAGAUGCCCAUGUCUAAACUCAUUUCCUGCAGUAUUUCCUUUAAUGCAACAUACAAUUAGAAGGUUUGCGGUGGCAGGAAGACUUACCAUAACCUAGCUGUACCGAAUAUUUUGUAAGCUUUACAGUUUGUUCAAUCAGUCUUUAUAUCCACAGUGCAAUGAUGUUAGUACAUGUCUGUGUUCUGAAAGAUGCUUAACUGGUGUCAAUAAAAUGCUCUUUCCUAGUGUGUCAUGAAUCGAUGAGGCCUUUUCACCUUUCUGGAGUGUAGGACAGGUCAACCAGUCCAUAGUCACUCAUCUGUUUGUGAGAAAUAGACAGAGAUUUACAACCUGUAUACACAUGCAGUAGGUUACGUUGCUUUUCCACUGAUAUUACACUUGGACAUCACGUUCCCACGAACAGAAAAAGAAGAACAAAUAAAUGACAUCUACAAUUAUUAUUUCCACUAUUAUAGGUUGAGUGUAUACCCGAAAAUACAAAAAAUGUAAAAAAAACACACAUAUUGCUACUGUUGAAUCAAAAACAAUUAUAAUUGUGCCCUAAAAAGGGGCAAGAAAAUUAUUUGCAUAUAAAAUACUAAGAACAAGAACACUGGAGACAGGCAUCGAUUAAAUAUACCUUAGCUGAAGGGCUAAUUUCUUUGGGUUCAUGUUAGUACAAAAGUUAUUUGGGACACUACAUCACUUAGAAAAGCAGUCUUGGUCUACAGACUUUAUAACCUUUAUGCCAGGGACAAGGUAAUUGCCUAACAUUUAUUCAGCUAUUUUUGAAUUAUAACGCCCAAAAUCCAAUGUUAAUCUGUGGCUAGCCAAAGACCAUGGCAAGUUGCAAUUAGGUAACCCACAGAAAACUUUGGUUGAUUUGCGUAGUAUAUACUGUAUAUCGUGUUGUCAUGGAAUAUGUUUGGGGCUUCAGGGCUUACGGAAUUUUGCCACAUUCUUGUUCCAUGGUUUGAUGGCACCAUUAUUAACAAAAAACUAAGAUACUGUUAAGCAUUAAAAUACUGGGAUGAUUAGACAGGGUGCACGUGCCAAGUAUGUAAUUACUAAACAGCCCAAAAAAAAAAAAACCUUAAAACCUAGUUGCAGUUUUUGAAUUGUUCCUACCCCACGGGAGUAUCUGCCUGCAUAUUCUACUGUUAGUGCUAUUUCCUGUAUGUCAUUGUGAGCAAGCUGUGAUAAAUAAAGAAUUGGGGUUCUGUGAACUGA